CAAGGCGUGGGGUGGUCUGCAGGGUAGUUCCGAUCAGAUCUGUCGGCCAAACCUUGUUUGUUUUCCUAUCCCCUUGAGCUUUUAAACUCAUAUAGUUCAGCCUUAUCUUUUCAUAUUGUAGUAUCGACCAGCAAUGGUCGCGCCAAGCGACGACAAGCCAAAAGGCAAAGGCGCCAAGGAGGACAAGAAGGGCGCCAAGGGCAAGGAUGAGGAGAAAGAGCCAGAGCUUAGCGAGGAGGACCUUACUCUUAAGAAUAAUUUGGAUUUGACAGUCGAACGCUUAGGAGACCCCGACCCAGGCGUCGUGAAGCUUGCGCUCACCACAAUGUUAUCGGAAAUUCGCUCUGCUACGGCAUCCAUGACCAGCGUGCCUAAGCCCCUGAAGUUCCUGCGUCCACAUUACGAUGCAAUGAAGACCCGGUUGGAGUCGAUGCCUGCCGAGCAGGGCGAGAACCGUGCCAUGCUCGCUGACGUUAUCUCCAUUUUAGCCACCACAAAGGAGCUAGCACGUGAGGUGCUCAAGUAUCGACUGCUUGGGUCGACCACGGAUCUGGGUACCUGGGGACACGAGUACAUCCGUCACCUGUCGGGGGAAAUUGCGGAGGAGUUCCGGGUGCGGCGCGAGGCGGACUCUGCAGCCGCUGUGGACGACCUGAUGACCUUGGUGAAGCAGAUCGUGCCGUACAACAUGACGCACAAUGCGGAGCCGGAGGCUGUUGACCUGCUGCUGGAGGUGGAAUCCCUGGACCUUCUCGAGUCUCACGUGGACGAGAAGAACUUUGGUCGUACAUGUCUGUAUCUCACCUCCUGCUGUGCCUACCUGCCUGAGCCCGACGACGCGGCGGUGUUGCGACUGGCGCUCCGGAUCUACAGCAGUCAGCAGCGCUGGCAUGAUGCUCUGCGGGUGGCGCUGAGGCUGAACAGCCGGGGGGACGUGGAGGGGGUGUUUGCGGCGUGUAGCGAGCCGCUGACCAAGCAGCAGCUGGGCUACCUGCUCGCUAGGCACGGUUUUUCAAUAAACCUGGAGGAGGGCCCGGCGGCUGUGGAGGACGACUCGUUGCGGGAGUCUCUUCGCGAGAUCAUUUCCAACUCCAAGCUGUCGGAGCAUUUCCUGGCUCUGGCUCGCGACCUGGACGUCAUGGAGGCCAAGACGCCGGAGGACGUGUACAAGACGCACCUGACGGAGGGCCGCGCACCCGCAGGCGCCGCAGCCGUGGACUCAGCCCGCGCCAACCUGGCCGCUACCUUUGUGAACGCCUUCGUCAAUGCGGGCUUCGGUCAGGAUAAGCUGGUGACUGUGGGAUCCGGAGCGGAGACGGGUACGUUUAGUGUCCACUGGAUCUUCAAGAACAAGGAUCACGGCAAGAUAUCCGCCACUGCCUCGCUGGGGAUGGUCACGUUGUGGGACGUGGAGGGGGGUCUGCCGCAGAUUGACAAGUACUUGUACUCCUCAGACCCCUACGUGGUGUCGGGCGCGCUGCUGGCCAUCGGUGUGGUUAAUGCGUGCGUCCAGAACGAAAACGACCCUGCGUUCGCGCUCAUCGCUGAUUACGUGUCGAACUCGGAUGUGAAUAUCCGCACGGGCGCCAUUCUCGGCUUGGGUCUAGCCUACGCGGGGACGGGCCGUGAGGAGGUUUCGGAGCUUCUGGGGCCACUGGUGGUGGACAGUGAUGCGCCCGUGGAGGUUUCCGCCUUCGCCGCUCUGGCCCUAGGCCUGGUGUUCAACAGCAGUGCGCGGGAGGAUGUGGUCAUGUCGGUACUGCAGGCUCUGAUGUCCCGCUCUGAUGCGGAGCUAUCCACGCCGUACGCCAAGCUCAUGUGUCUGUCACUGGGGCUCAUGUUCCUGGGGAAGCAGGAGCUUGCGGAGGCCACCGUGGAGGUUGUCAAGACGCUGAGUGAGCGCAUUAGUCAGUUCGCGGUGGUUACCCUGGAGUCGUGCGCGUAUGCGGGAACAGGGAACGUACUCAAGGUCCAAGGACUACUGGCCAUGUGUGGGGAGCACAUUACGGCGGACGAGUCCUCAACGCACAAGACCAUCCAUCAAGGUGCCGCAGUCCUAGGUUUGGCUCUGCUGGCAAUGGCCGAGCCCUUGGGCUCCCAAAUGGCGGGCAGGGUACUGGAGCACCUGCUGCAGUACGGCGACGCUCCCGCCCGCCGUGCCGUACCACUGGCGAUUGCGCUGCUCCACAUUUCCAACCCCGACGUCCUGGUGAUGGACACCCUUAGCCGGCUGAGUCACGACCAGGACAGCGAGGUGGCCAACAAUGCCAUUGUGGGGCUGGGGCUACUGGGGGCAGGCACCAACAACGCCCGUCUCGCGGGUUUGCUCCGCGGCCUCGCGUCCUACUACUACAAGGAGCCCACCGCCCUGUUUCUGGUCAGGUUGGCCCAGGGCCUGGUGCACAUGGGCAAGGGACUGCUCACAAUCAACCCAUACCACACGGACAGACAGUUGUGCUCGGGUGUGUCGCUAGCUGGAGUGUUGGCAGUCUUGUUCUCCUGUCUGGACCUGAAGGCCACGCUGUGCGGUAAGCACCACUACCUGCUGUACUGCCUGGCAACAGCCAUGAAGCCAAGGAUGCUGCUCACGUUGGACGCGGAGGGGCGGCCGCUGCCGGUGUCGUGCCGUGUCGGUACGGCAGUGGACGUGGUGGCGCAGGCGGGCAGGCCCAAGACCAUCACGGGCUUUCAGACCCACACAACGCCCGUGUUGCUUGGUGUUGGUGAGCGCGCCGAGCUGGCCACUGAGGAGUGGUUGCCGCUGUCCCCGAUACUGGAGGGCCAAGUCAUCCUCACCAAGAACCCCGACUACGUGGCCAUGGACGAGGGGAAGUAG